UACAACAUGUACCUCUGAGGCAUAGUACAGUAUAAAGUACAAGUACAGGAAUAAUGAUAUUUAUAUUUCUGACCUUGUGACCCCACUGAUCCGCUCUUCUGCUGCCGUCUGAUUGGCUGCCUGAACUGAGCCACAGGCAAUAGGACGUUCCUCAGCUUGGCCCAGCGGACAGAGGACAAAGAAAAAAAUAAAGUCUGUAAUGCAUGCUGCCAGAAUAAAGACUGUCAGACUGUGAAGGACAAAUCGUUUGACAGCCAUUAAAACCAGCACAUACGCUCAUAGCCUGACAGUGGAAUCAAUAUCAAUGUUGUUUCUAAUGACUUCAUAUCCCAGCCUGAGAUAAAUAAAAUCCCUUAGUCAACAGAAACACCACUUCCUGUUGCAUAAUGUAAACAGAAUCCAGGAAACAAAGUAUCUAUGACGUCACCGCCUUCUCUGUCUUUGACCUCCCAGGAGAUCAAGUUGGCCCAGAAGAGAGCUCAGAAGUACUCCGCGGUGCCGGACAUGUGGUCCAAGUGCCUGCUGGGUCACUGUUACGGCCUCUGGUUCAUCUACCUGCCCACCUUCGUGAGGGCCGAGGCCGCUAAGGUGCGAGCGCUGCACACGGCCUACGACGUCCUGAAGCACACGGAGAACAGAAAGGUGGUGUUGCCGGACGAGGUGUGUUACAGGAUCCUGAUGCAGCUCUGUGGUCAGUACGGUCAGCCGGUUCUCGCUGUUCGAGUCCUGCUGGAGAUGAAGAAGGCUGGAAUCACCCCGAACACCAUCACCUACGGAUACUACAACAAGGCCGUGCUGGAGAGCAAGUGGCCGUCCACCAAUCAGGGAGGACGUCUCCGCUGGGCCAAGCUGAGGAACGUCCUAUUGGCUGUGGCUCAGUUCAGGCAGCCAAUCAGACGGCAGCAGAAGAGCGGAUCAGUGGGGUUGUUAACAGAAGAAGCGACGAUGGACCAGAAGCCCCUCCCCCACUCUAUUCUGAUUCGUCAGUCCAGUUGGAGCGGUCUGUCUGAGAGCUCCAGUCACGAGUCUCUGAAUCUGGUGAAGAGCAGCAGUCUGAACAGCAUGAAGACAGACA